AACAAAGAAUUGCUGCCGUUCAGUGGAUAUUUUCAAAGCAUUACUUGGGAUAUUUACCUUUUAUUAACUGCAAGCUUAAAGACAGGCAUGAGGACUAGUAAAUAUAUCUGAUGGUAUUCAAAAGAGGAGACUUAAGAUAUGGACAUCAAAAGCUCCACAACGGCUUGGAAAUGGCAAGUAGUGUAUUCCUUUCUCCUUUGUGGCUGGGGAUGGGUUUCUGGACAGAUUAUUUUUUCUGUUGAUGAAGAGAUGGAGCCAGGGUCAGUUGUGGGAAAUGUAGCUCUGGCUUUGGGCAUCAACCUGGCAGAUAUAGCUAAACGCAGACUGCAUUUAGGGUCUGAGAGAAGCAGGAGACAUUUUGUCCUGAAUCCAGCAAAUGGAGAUCUAACAGUAGAAGAAAGGAUAGACAGAGAGAGCCUUUGUGGAUCCAGCUCUACUUGUGUAUUACCUAUUGAGAUUGUUGCUGAAAAUCCAUUGGAACUUUAUAGUCUGGAUAUUGAAAUCAUAGAUAUAAAUGAUAAUUCACCAACCUUUUCUAUUAAUGAUCACAUUAUAAAAAUAACAGAGUUACUGACAAGCCCUGGUGUUCAGUUCCCUUUAGAGAUUGCACAUGAUGCAGAUGUAGGUAAAAAUGGCAUUAGCCAGUAUAAAUUAAGUACAACCCCAUAUUUUUCAUUGUCUGUGAAGAAUCGAAAGGAUGGGACUCUUAUCCCUGAGCUGGUAUUAGAAACAGUGCUUGAUAGAGAAGAAAAAGAAGAGCAUAGACUCAUUUUAACAGCUCUAGAUGGUGGUGAACCACCCAGAUCAGGAUCUUGUCAAAUUACAAUAAAUGUUUUUGAUAUCAAUGACAAUCCUCCGGUGUUUGAUAAAUCAAAUUACAAGGUAAAACUAUUAGAAAAUCCUAAAUUAAAUACAGUAUUAACAACACUAAAUGCUACAGAUCUGGAUGAGGGGAAAAAUGGAGAAAUAGAAUAUUACUUUGACAGCCAUACCUCAGAAUCUGCAAAGGAAUUAUUUUAUUUAAAUCCACAAACAGGAGAAAUUUAUAUUAAAGGCAUAGUGGACUAUGAAGAAUCAAAUUUUCAUGAACUAUCAAUUCGAGCUAAGGAUAAGGGAGUCCCUGAAAUGGAAGGACGAUGUUUACUUCAAGUGGAGGUUGAAGAUGCAAAUGAUAACCCUCCAGAAAUAAUUCUGACUUCUACUUCAACCGAUGUCCCUGAAAAUGCAGCACUAGAAACUGCUGUGGCUUUUUUCACAGUGAGGGACAGAGAUUCUGGGAAAAAUGGAGAGGUGACAUUAUCACUUUCUCCAAAUCUGCCAUUCAAAAUAAAACCUUUGAAAAAUCACUAUUCUUUGGUCACAGAUCAAUUGCUGGACAGAGAGAAGAUCUCUCAAUAUGAUAUCCAAAUGACGGCAAAGGAUUUAGGUUCCCCCACUUUGCAGACACAAGUUACAUUUAGCCUAAAUAUAUCUGAUAUUAAUGAUAAUGCCCCAGUUUUCCUGCAAGCUAAUUACAAUGCUAUUAUACAUGAAAAUAAAGACCCAGGUAGCUUUUUAUGUACGGUUUCUGCAUUUGAUUCAGACGAGGGAGUUAAUGCUGAAUUAACAUACUCUUUAGUGGAUAGUAAGAUAGAUGUUUUUUCUAUAUCUUCACUUGUUUAUAUUGACCCUAAAAGCGGUAACAUCUAUUCCCAGCGUGCCUUUGACUAUGAGAAUAUUCAGGUUUUUCAAAUUACUGUAAGAGCAGAAGACUCAGGUUUUCCAAAAUUAUUUUCCAAUGCCACUGUGUCGGUAUUUGUAUUGGAUGUUAAUGAUAACUAUCCAACUCUAUUAUACCCAAAAUAUUCCAGAGAGCUAAUCAUAGAUGAAAGGAUUCCCAGUUCUGCUUCUGCCGGUUAUUUAGUCACCAAAAUCUCAGCAGUGGAUUUAGAUUCAGGUCAUAAUGCUUGGCUGCUUUUUAGUCUUGUUGAUGAUACCGAUACCACUUUAUUCAAAGUAUCUGCAUACACUGGGGAAGUUAGAACCAUUAGAGAACUGCAAGAAACGGAUUAUAAAGAGCAACGUCUUGUCAUUUCAAUCAGUGACCAUGGAGAACCCACUUUGUCGACAACAGUCAUCAUACUUGUCAAUAUAAUUGAGAACGCUGAAGAAAAAAACCCUAAAGCUCAAGACUUCCUUACCAAUUCCAAACCUUCAUCAGACCUGACCCUUUAUCUGAUUGUUUCCCUGGUGGCUAUAAGUUUAGUUUCCCUUAUUACCUUCAUAAUAUUAGUAGUCAAAUGUCUAAACAAAGAAUCCUAUGGCAACAGCAGCCUGUGCUGUUUUACAAGCAGAUCCCAUUCAGAUCAGUAUGUAGAUCAGUAUAAACCAACACUUUACCUAAACACAGAUGGAACCCUAAAAUACAUGGAAGUGAGGAUGGUUCCCACAGAACCUCAGGGACAAUGUUAUCAAAACUGUUUCCAGACAGCAGCGGAAACACCUAAUGUCAGCAUAAUGAAGGCCCAACAUUUUCCUCAAUUAAAUGACUCUGUCAGUGGAAAUAAAGGGUGUACUGAUACAAACUGGCUAAAUGACAUACAGCAGAUCUGCUCUCGUCUCAUCAUACACUCUCACCCAGGCCCUGCAGGCAGCUCAGGACAAUCUCUUGACAAUUUACUUUAA